UGCUCCAGCCAUGUCAGCGCGCGCGAGCCUGGGCCCACCAUGAGCCAUGGCCAUGUCCGUGAGCGCCGAGGACGACGACUAUGAAUCGGAGCCGGACCAGAACCGGGCUGUGGGUCGGCCCAAGGACAAGCUGGGCCCGGCCUCUGCGGUGAAGUUGGCUGCCAACCGGACAACCGCAGGAGCUCGCUGGCGCAGGACACGAUGCCGCAAGUGCGAGGCCUGCCUGGGGGCCGAGUGUGGAGAGUGCCACUUCUGCAAGGAUAUGAAGAAGUUUGGGGGGCCUGGGCGGAUGAAGCAGAGCUGCAUCAUGCGACAGUGCAUCGCGCCAGUGCUUCCCCACACCGCCGUGUGCCUUGUCUGUGGUGAGGCAGGGAAAGAGGACGCAGUGGAGGAAGAAGAAGGCAAGUUCAACCUCAUGCUCAUGGAGUGCUCCAUCUGCAAUGAGAUCAUCCACCCUGGAUGCCUUAAGAUUAAGGAAUCAGAGGGUGUGGUCAACGAUGAGCUUCCCAACUGCUGGGAGUGUCCGAAGUGUAACCAUGCUGGCAAGACCGGGAAAGCCUACAAGCAAAAGCGUGGCCCUGGCUUUAAGUAUGCCUCCAACCUGCCUGGCUCCCUGCUCAAGGAGCAGAAGAUGAACUGGGACAACAAGGAAGGGCAGGAGCCUGCCAAGCGGAGAAGUGAAUGUGAAGAAGCACCUAGACGCAGGUCAGAUGAGCACCCCAAGAAGGUGCCUCCAGAGGCCAUCCUGCGCCGAAAGUCUGAUGAUGUACACCUGAGGAGGAAGCGGAAAUACGAGAAGCCCCAAGAGCUGAGUGGACGCAAGCGGGCCUCGACGCCUCAAAUCCCCGGUUCCUCCUCUCACCACUCGCCGAGGCCCCCUCUAGGCAGCAGCCUCAGCCCUUGGUGGAGAUCCAGUCUCACUUACUUCCAGCAGCAGCUAAAACCUGGCAAAGAAGAUAAGCUUUUCAGGAAAAAGAGGCGGUCCUGGAAGAACUCCGAAGACAGGCUGGCACUGACCAGCAAGCCCCUCCCGCGCUUCAAGCAGGAACCAGAGGACGAUCUGCCCGAGGCACCCCCUAAGACCAGGGAGAGUGACCACUCACGCUCCAGCUCUCCCACCGCUGGGCCCAGCACUGAGGGGGCCGAGGGUCCGGAGGAAAAGAAGAAGGUGAAGAUGCGCCAGAAACGGCGGCUUCCCAACAAAGAGCUGAGCAAAGAGCUGAGCAAAGAGCUCAACCAUGAGAUCCAGAAGACAGAAAGCAGCCUGGCCCACGAGAACCACCAGCCCAUCAAGUCAGAGCCUGAGAGUGAGAAUGAGGAGCCCAAGCGACCGAUAGGCCUCUGUGAGCGCCCCCACCGCUUCAGCAAGGGGCUCAAUGGCACCCCUCGGGAGCUGCGGCAUCCAUUGGGGCCCAGCCUGCGGAGCCCACCCCGUGUUAUCUCCCGUCCCCCACCUUCUGUCUCCCCACCCAAGUGCAUCCAGAUGGAGCGCCAUGUGAUCCGGCCACCACCCAUCAGCCCCCCACCUGACUCGCUGCCCCUGGAUGAUGGGGCAGCCCACGUCAUGCACAGGGAGGUGUGGAUGGCCAUCUUCAGCUACCUCAGCCACCAAGAUCUGUGUGUGUGCAUGCGGGUCUGUAGGACCUGGAACCGCUGGUGCUGCGAUAAGCGGUUGUGGACCCGUAUUGACCUGAACCACUGCAAGUCCAUCACACCCCUGAUGCUGAGUGGCAUCAUCCGGCGACAGCCUGUCUCCCUUGACCUCAGCUGGACCAAUAUCUCCAAGAAGCAGCUGAGCUGGCUCAUCAACCGGUUGCCUGGGCUCCGAGACUUGGUGCUAUCCGGCUGCUCAUGGAUUGCAGUCUCUGCCCUCUGUAGCUAUUGUCCAUUGCUUCGGACCCUUGAUGUCCAGUGGGUAGAAGGACUAAAGGAUGCCCAGAUGCAGGAUCUCCUGUCCCCGCCCACAGACAACAGGCCAGGCCAGAUGGACAAUCGGAGCAAGCUCCGGAACAUUGUGGAACUGUGCUUGGCUGGCCUGGACAUCACAGAUGCCUCCCUACGACUCAUCAUCUGCCACAUGCCCCUGCUCUCCAAGCUCCACCUCAGCUACUGUAACCAUGUCACCGACCAGUCUAUCAACCUGCUCACUGCAGUCGGCACUACCACCCGAGACUCUCUGACUGAGAUCAACCUGUCAGACUACAAGGUCACUGACCAAUGCCUGUCCUUCUUCAAACGCUGUGGAAAUAUCUGUCACAUUGACCUGAGGUACUGCAAGCAAGUCACCAAGGAAGGCUGUGAGCAGUUUAUAGCUGAAAUGUCUGUGAGUCUCCAGUUUGGACAAGUGGAAGAAAAACUCCUGCAAAAACUUAGUUAGACCUGGGACAAGUAUGUAAAUAUUGGGAGUAUAACUGGAGAGGGGAAGGACUACAAAAAAGGGGGGCUUUUAUUUCCCAUUGGAACAACAGACCACAGAAUGAUUCCAUUUUGCAAGUCUUACCAAGGGAGAAGCCGUUCAACCACCCAUUUGGGGAUUAAUGAGCCAGAUGCUUUCCUCUGGCCUUCCUGCAUCCUAACUGCACUGCUUUCUGGACCAUUUCUAAGGCGGCCUUUAGAAGACAUUCCCAUUGGCAAGGAGGAUGGGCUUUGGAGAAAUCCUCUUCCAGGUGUGAGCUUAGUGCUUUCAUUGGUGUUUUUGUUAUGAACACCUUGUUCCUUGAAACACCAAGGCUUCUGGUGUCAACAUACAGUGGACCACAUACCACAUGUGCAGCUGUCUUGACACAUUUUGUUUGGUUGGUUUUGUUACAUCUUACAUUAUGCAGAAGUAUUUUUGUACAAAUUGUUUAAAAAUUAUUUAUGCAAGAUUGAAUGCAUACCAGUGUUUUUAUUGUUUUGAGAUUGCCAACUUUCCUGGUUUCCCUCAAGUACAGAGAACUUAACCUGUACUUCAUGAACACAAAGAUAUGCCCAGGUGUGACAGGGGAGGAGGCAGUAACCUUUCCCCUUAAAAGCAUGCUUAACUGGAAGUUAGAGCCUACUUUGUAUGUCAAGAAGUUACACGAGCAUGUUGUGGAUAAACGUAAAAUUAUAGUUGAAGUAAGAUACUCUGCCAAGUUUCCUCAGUAGAGAAUUCACCUUUUCCUCCAAAUUUUACAAUUCCGACUUAAACCUUUUGCACUCAGCAGAGUUUUGCUCCAAGCAUGAACUCUUGUCUUCUCCAAAGAUUUAAUUGAUGCCAUGUCUCAAGUAGAAUAAAUGCACCCACACAGCCUUUCCUUUCCUCCUUUCUCCUUUAAAGAUUCUCAUCUAGGUUGGUAACCUGGCUGUUUCCUAGUUGUAAAGUUCUGCAUCCAUAAGUGCCAUUGUUGUACGGUGGUGUUUCCUAUACCUUCCCUGAUGCAAUUUUACCUUUGUUGAAUUUGUAUAAACAAUUGUACAAAAAAAAGAAAAAAGAAAGACA